AUGGAGUACGAACUAUACAGUGUCGCAGAUGCCCUUUCACGCGCCGUUGCGCAGCAAGAAUUCGAUGAUACUCCUAUUACAGGAGAGAAUGAAAAAGGUGCUGGUUCAAUAGAGUGCAGUAGGUGGUUAGACCUACUGAGAGACGACCCAGAUUUCCAGCCGCUGAUCACCGCUAUCGAGCUUGUUUGCGAGGAUGGAACGCUAGCGACAGUUGUUCCAAGACAAUGCCGAAAAGACUUGUUCCAUGAACGCCAUUACGGUCUCAUGGCAGGACACUUGAAUUCGCGCAAAAUGCACAGUCAACUGAAGAAGACGUUGCGCGCUGGUGCAAAGAAUGUUAAAAACUUCCUCAUCAAUACAAGAAAAAUCAGUGUACCGCCAUUGAAACCACGUUAUAGCACACGCCCGUUCCAUGUGAUCGGUGUCGAUGUGGUAACCGACGACGCUACGCCAGAAAGCCCAAAUUACUUACUUCAUGAUCACGAGCUCCACUACCCAUCUAACGCAAUGCCGACGAGUGAGUUAUCUUUGAACCUGGUCGAUUACGACCAGUACAAAACAGAAUUUUUGAAUGGUCUAAAACUCGCUCGAGAAUGCUCAGGUGAGUAUGGAGAGUCGUACAGACAAAAGAUGGCGGCGCAAUAUGACAAAAUGUACAAAUCAGGGACCUCAGAGGUAUUCAAACCCGGUGAUAGGGUAUACAUGAGACUACAGUUUUAUUGCCUCAUUCAAACUCCACCAGAGAUAGAUUAUACCCCUAUCAAGUGUCGCACAAGACGUGGAAAAAGGGGCAGACCAGAAAAUCAUAACUGUACUAAUUCGGGAAGAAAUCGCUUAUCGUCGAGGGCUGCUGUUCAGUUGACUUUCUUGUCCAGGCCAAUACGAGACAGCGUACUGGCCUAA